AUGGACUACGACAUGCUGGGCAUGGAUGCCGUCGACGGCAUCCAGGUCAAGAUCCGCGAGGCCGACGACGUCGCCAUCGACUUCGUGCUCAAGAACGUCGACCUUGCCUUCGCCAACUCGCUGCGCCGCGUGAUGCUGGCCGAGAUCCCGACCAUGGCCAUCGACCUGGUCGAGGUCGAGAAGAACACGUCGGUGCUGGCCGACGAGUUCAUCUGCCACCGCCUGGGCCUGAUCCCGCUCAACAGCCGCGGCUGCGAAGACGUCGCCUACACGCGCGACUGCGACUGCGAGCAGUACUGCGAGAACUGCAGCGUGACACUGACGCUCAACGCCCGCUGCACCGGCGACGAGGUCAUGACCGUCUACGCCCGUGACCUGCUGGUCUCGGCUGCGCGCGCCAACGAGUGGGUCGGCGCGCCCGUCAUCAAGGACCCCCAAGGCCACGGCGCCAUCAUCGCCAAGCUGCGCAAGGGUCAGGAGCUGAAGAUGCGCUGCAUCGCGAAGAAGGGCAUUGCCAAGGAACACGCAAAGUGGGCACCCACCGCCGCCAUCGGCUUCGAGUACGACCCGUACAACAAGCUCCGCCACAUUGACUACUGGUUCGAGGAUGACCCGACCAAGGAAUGGCCCAUCUCCGACAACGCCAACUUUGAGGGUGACCCGCCCCAAGAGGGUGAGCCCUUCAACUACGACGCCCAGCCCGACCAGUACUACUUCAACCUCGAGACGGUCGGUGGCCUCGAGCCCGAUACCAUCAUGCUCCAGGGCGUCAAGGUCCUCCAGCAGAAGCUGGCCGAGGUCAUCGGCGAGCUGAGCGGUGGCGGCGACCGUAACAUGGGUGGUAUGGACGGCGUCGCCUACGGUGGCCCCCGCAGCCCGGAUAUGAACGGUGGCGCUGGCACCGCCUACGGCGGCAUGGACCAGGGCUACACGACGCCCUACGCCGGCGCCGGUGGCAACGCAAGCGUCUGGGGCGGUGCUGCGACGCCCUUCGGUGCGCAGCCGUAUGGUGGCGGUUACUGA